UGGAUGAGGAACGGUUUCUCAACAGUAACAAGUCGGUCGUAUUUUUUGGUUACUCCAGCUGCGGCUGUCAUAUCAGUCUGCAGGUUGGGUUCCCACCAAUAUGGCGGUAGACGGAUGGAAAUACUGAUGACAGUCCGCAAGCUAGCCUCGAUCUGUACGAUGGGCGCCAAUGCCUCUGCUUUGGAGAAAGAGAUUGGACCGGAGCAGUUUCCAGUAAACGAACACUAUUUUGGCCUGGUCAAUUUUGGAAACACCUGCUACUGCAAUUCAGUUCUUCAGGCACUUUAUUUUUGUCGACCUUUUCGGGAGAAAGUUCUUGCUUACAAAGUACAGCCUCGUAAGAAAGAAAGCCUGCUCGCAUGCCUUUCAGACCUCUUCAAUAGCAUUGCAACACAAAAGAAGAAAGUUGGAGUCAUCCCACCAAAGAAAUUCAUCUCUCGGUUAAGGAAAGAGAAUGAGCUGUUUGAUAAUUAUAUGCAGCAAGAUGCACACGAGUUCCUGAACUACCUACUGAACACUAUUGCUGACUUACUUCAGGAUGAAAAGAAACAGGAGAGGCAGAAUGGCAGACUCCAGAAUGGUACUGUUGAGAAUGAGGAAGGAGACAAGCUGGAUCUGACAUGGGUCCAUGAUAUUUUUCAAGGAACACUAACUAAUGAAACUAGAUGUCUCAACUGUGAAAGUGUUAGCAGUAAAGAUGAAGAUUUUCUAGACCUUUCAGUUGAUGUGGAACAAAAUACAUCAAUAACACACUGCUUAAGGGGUUUUAGUAACACAGAAACUCUCUGCAGUGAACAUAAAUACUACUGUGAGCAGUGUCUCAGCAAACAGGAAGCACAAAAGAGAAUGAGGGUGAAGAAAUUGCCAAUGAUCCUCGCUUUGCACUUAAAAAGAUUUAAAUACAUGGACCAACUGCAUCGAUACACUAAACUGUCAUAUCGAGUGGUCUUUCCACUGGAGCUCAGGUUGUUUAACACAUCUGGUGAUGCUACAAACCCUGACCGAAUGUAUGACCUUGUAGCUGUGGUAGUACAUUGUGGCAGCGGUCCAAACAGAGGACACUACAUUACCAUCGUGAAAAGUCAUGGAUUCUGGCUGCUUUUUGAUGAUGAUAUUGUAGAGAAAAUUGAUGCACAGGCCAUUGAAGAAUUUUAUGGUUUAACAUCAGACAUCUCUAAGAAUUCUGAAUCUGGAUACAUUCUUUUCUACCAGUCAAGAGAUUGAGGGGCAAAAAGCUGAGAAAAGGACCACUUUAUGGAAUUUUUGAGCAAAUCUUCAAACAGCUGAAAAUGUCUGAGCACUCCAGGACAAAGAGAAAAACAUUGCAGGGCGAUAUAAGGAUAACUGAACAAACUUCUUGUAGACUGUUGCAAAGUGCCAGCCAAGAAAAAGAUGUGUUGCUGACUAUAUCGUGUGUCACGUAGUCUUCCAGACUAAGGAACUCCUUGUUGAAAGGAAAGAAUUGGCUGCUUUAUAAGACAUAUUUUCUGUUAGUCUUCUUUAUUUAAAUCAUGGUUUUGCUGUCAGUGCAGAUUCUUUAAACAUGUUUUUUUUUUUUUUUUACUUUGAAGACAAAGUCUGAAUUUAUGGGAAUAGCUAUACUGUUCCUUGUUUUAAUGCACUAAUGCUUCAUUGUGUUUCAGGAGGCUAAACACUGAUACCUUUCAUGUAACAGCACAUAGAAGGAAUGUAUUUGAGUCUGUAUUAUCAAAAUUUUUGAAUGUCUGAUUUAAAGGAGGUUAUGCUGAUUCUGGUCAAGAGUACUGCCACAAAAAGGUUGAUUAAACAUAACACUCACUUUUUUCAGUUAGCAUUUAGGUUACUUUUUCAUUUAUUCAUUAUUGUUUUUUGUAGGACCUAGGAAGGCAAGGAAAUGUUUUUGAAGUUCAGCAGCAUCACAGAGAAUAAUAAACUGACAUUUGUGUUUGAAAGUGGCUCACAUAACAGUUUGGAACAUAAAUUAAAUAUGUAUAUUAAUAAAUGAAGAAUUGAAUUUUAA